AAUAAAAAUGAUCUUUAGUUGCAGCCAUAGUUAAGUUAUUGUGUUUUAUAUAUAUAUUGUAUUAUUUGUAUUAUUUUAGUGAUGUGUGUUGAACUUUCUGUCAAUGAAUGUUUACUGUAAACUUAAAAAAGCCGCCAAACUGUUUGUAGAGGCUGCGUCUCCGUUUCAGUUUAUAUUCAUCCGCGCCGCCAGGGGGCGACGUGUCCCUCCGCCGUGCUGUUGUGGUUUUUUUAUUUUCCCAGAAAGAAAUAGACAUUUUAGGGGAGCUCUGCUUUGCUUUGCCUGUAAACGAAAGCUGCCCUCCUCCUGCACCGAGUAAAGCUUGAGUAUCUUCUUUUUCUGGACAUUCAGACGUGUAUUUUAACUCUACGCUUUAACCGUUAAAUAGCCAACUGGCGCAAAGUGGAAAAAAUAGUCCUGGUUUCAACAUAUAUCUACUUCACUUUGCACGUUAGCUACCUGGUUGCUAAGCUAGCUGCAGUUUUGUUUGGCUGUGAUGGCUGACUUCAGCAGCAGGAUCAUGUCUUCUGAACACCUGGCGGUCCGAGGUGGGACUGCAGGAAAAGGGACGUCAUCCUCGGUCAUGACAGGAAACGGACACUGGGACAGUGCAGGUGCGAUGGACCAGAUAACAGUGGUGAGAAUAGAUGACACCCACAUCGCAGAGGAGCAGUCUCAGGCGGGGGGGAAGCUGAAGGAUGAGGGGUCAGGGUAUUACGAGGUGGAGUACUCGCUGCCCGCGGCGGAGGAGGUUGUCGGGGAGGAGGAAGAGGAAGACGGCGUCUACGUCAUCGAGUAUUCAAAUCCUGAAGAGGAGGGAGAGAGUUACCAGUUUACCAUGUCUGUGGACCGAUCACUACCGGCCAAAAAGCCAAUUAUUAGACAUCCUGCAGCAAGCGAGCCCGCCAGAGCUGCUUCACCUGUGACGCCGAAGCCGUCCAGACCGACCAGGCAGAGACCUGAGGUGAGGCAGAAGAGGAAGAUGAUCACAGAGGAAGAAGAGGUGAAAAAGGAGGAGGGGGCGAGCUUUAAUAGCAACAAGAGUGUGUUGGAGCUGGGCGAGGACUACAGCGAGGUCAUGGGGAUGAACACGGGCUCAGAUAAAAGACAGCUGAAGUGCUCGCUGUGCCCGCCGCCCGGCAGGUGCUUCAAGCGAGCGUCGGGCCUCGCCGUGCAUCUAAAACUGAUGCACAACAUGGAGGGGAAGAAAACCUUCUUCUGCUCAUCGUGCAAGCAGACGGUCCGCACGCAGCUGGAACUGGACGUCCACACGCGUCGCCACGCCAACCAUGACGCGGUGUUCACCUGUUUCCUCUGCUCCGACAGCAAGGAGGAGGAGGAGGAGGGCGGGGAGAAGGCGGGCUUCAAAGGGUCGAGGUGGGGGCUGAGGAGACACCUGGAGGCGCAGCAUCCGGGCAUCAUCCCCCGCUGUGACAUCUGCAACAAAGGCUUCAAGUCGCUGGUGUCGUACCUGUCGGAUCAGUUCAGGCACGUCGGCGUGUCGCCGUACUACUGCGCCAAGUGCAAGAUCUACGAAAUGACAGAGCGGGGUCUGAGCGUCCACUUGAAAAACCACGACAAGAAGCAGAAGAUGCUGGAAGCUGCAGAAAACCACCUGCUGACACACGGAGUCUCCACCAGCGCAGACAACUCCGCUACAGACGACUCUGACUUCUGACUCCACAUCAGUUUCCGUCAGUGUUUGAGACUAAAGUAGCACCAGCUCAGCGACCUCCUCUGUGUCAGACCCACGUCUGUCAUUUAUGCAUCUUUGACUGGUCUGAACUGGUCUUAGGACAAGAACUCAGCUGUUUGUGUUUCACAUUUAUCCAGCAUCAAAUCCUCCCUGUUACUUUGACAUUUGCAUCAAGUUGUUUGUACUUUGUGCCAUCCGGUGGAGGCGCCGUCAGUGUUGAGUAGAAUAACACAGUUUGGUAUCAGUGGGAAUCGAAGGAGAUUUAGAUUUUUUUGUCACAACCUGGGUCUUGUUUUUGUCAUUUUUACCAUCAUGUUGAUGUGUUAGCUUUUUCUAAACCAGCUUCAUCUGUACAGUAAAUAUGAAGCUGGAGCCAGCAGCCUGUUAGCUUAGCUUAGCAUAAAGACUGGAAACAGGAGGAAACAGCUUGCCUGGCUCUGAACAAAGGCUUGUCUGAGUUAUUUGUAAAACUGUUUCUCUUCCAGGAAUCUCAGUGAGUCACUGUGACUGAAAAAUGUUUGACAUAUAACGCCUCUGAAGAACAGCUAAUUUGUAUUUUUUACAGAUUAAAUAAAUAAGAUAUUGUAUGUUAAUCUGUUAGCUUUAGGUGCUGGUAGUCAGAUUUUGUUACCUUUAUGCCGUGUUUCCAGAACAUGGCAUCGGCUCGACUCAACUUAACUCUACUUAACUCUGUGGCAGCUUCAACAUGUGUGCCGCGUCAGUCAUAAAACAAGGAAGUGCUCUGUUAUGGAUUUAGGACAAGAGGAGGAAAACCAAGAGUGGAGCAGGUAUCAUGUGGUGGAAAAGGGGCUUCAGACAGGCUCCGGCUAGCUGUUUCUAGUCUUUAUGCUAAGCUACGCUAAGCUAACCAGCUGCUCCAGCUUCAUAUUUACUGAGAAAAGCAUCAAUCUUCUUAUGUAACUCUCCUCCAGAGAGUGAGUUUAUUUCUCAAAUGUCACCAAAUCUCUCAUUUUGACACAUUUUACAAACAGUUCCCACUCCUGUGACUCAGCAUGAGCUGUGAAAGAUUCACACAUUUAUUCGCAAUUACAAGCAACAAACAGAUUUUUUUGUGUGAAAAGACGUCACAAAAACGAAAGAGAAGAGUUCAAGUGUCAAUCAUGUAAUCAUCCACUUCAUCAGAUUCAGUAACAUAUGAUCAUAACUGAUGAGUCUUUCUGCAGUUAUUAUUUUAAUUAUCAGGUAUCGUGUUGAUGAAACCUUCGGCUGCAACUAAAGAUUAUUUUCAUGAUUAAUAUUAUUAUCAGGAGACGUCUUCAGAUCAGCAGUUUACUAUCAUGUUACACAGAAAAGCCUGAAAUCGUCAAGUUUGAAAAGCUGAAACCAGCAAAGUUUUUGCCAUCAUGUUAAAAAAUCUUCUGUUGAUUGACUUCUAAUGUUUUGUUUUGUCCGAUUAAACCCAAAGACGUUCAGUUUAAACUGAUAUUAAACAGAAAAGCUGUCAAUUGUUGCAUGGAAGGAGCUGAAAGCAGAGAAUAUUUGCUGUUUUUGUUUGAAAAAUGACUGAAAUGAUUAAUCAGCGAGCAGGUGAAUGUAAAUAAGACCCAGGUUGUAAAAGAAAAAAAGGGAAAACAUGGUGAAUAAGCCGUUAAACAUGCAGUCCUGCCAGUGUUUGUGCUGUAUUUGUGUUAUGAGUCAGUGCAUGUGUGUGUAAAUACUGUAUAUUCUGUAUCACUCGUGACUUGUUUCCAGUUUCAUCUCAGUCCCAGUAGACGGUUUAUUAAAGCGCUGACGUUUACAUGCAGGAAGUAACUUAACCGACUGAUUUCAGGUUAAACUGUAAAAACAAGUUAAACGCUGAAUAAAUGCAGCUGCCUCUGA